AUGGCAGUGAGCUUCACUGAGAAUGUUCCUGAAGAAGAUGACGAUGAAUACAUUGACAUGGAAAUCACUUCAAUUUCCAAUAUUUUCUGCAAUUCCAGAACCUCAAGAGAAUUUGAGUUCCAAAUGCAAGCUUCUUCCACUUCAUCUCCUCGAAAUCUCCCAAUCGGUUUCGAUUCGGUUUACGGGGACGAAAAUGGUAUGUUCCGAGAAUUCUAUGGCACCCCAUUAGCUACCACCAUUACUACACCAACUCCUUUUGAAUCCUGCAAUGUUUCGCCUUGUAACUCUUGUUCUGUUAGUAGGGAGCUGAAUCCGGUCGAGUACUCGUUUUACGAGUGCUGGUCCGAGACGGACGUAAGCAGGUGCACCGGAAACGGACAGAGCAAUCGGCAUAGGAGGUCGUUUUCGAUGGUGAUUGAACGACAUUCUUCGACGAACGAGUCUUCAACUUCUUCGUCGUCUUCAUCUUCGAAUUCAAUCGGUUUCCGGUACCUGCAGUUUCUUAACAGAAGCAGCAGUGUGAAAAUAAAGAUCGAGAGUCGGAACCCGAUUCAAGGAGCCAUUGCACAUUGCAAGCGGUCUCAGAUGAGCUCGAGAAAGCCUGCCGGUGACGUCGGAUUCUACUCAUUGUCGGAUUCUACUCAUUGUCGGAUUCUAACAUGGCAGUUUGCCAAGAUCAAGAGAGACCGGACCUUGGAGGGGCUGAAAAGAGACGAUUAUCUAUAG